AUGGUUAGUAUUCUGGAAAAUUUCACUAAUUCGUUCCCACGUAAUAUUACUGCUUUGAACUCCCAAAAAAGGGGUAUGCCACUACAAGAAACAUCACCAAACAUAAUAAACAAAUCACCGAUAAAACAACAACCAGUUUCAGUGAUUUCAUCAAAGAAAAGGUUAGCAGGGAGCCCUGUAUCUUUACAACGCGAAUCUGUGCGGUUGAAAGUCAAUAAACCAGAAUCUACUCCAACAGAUUUUGAUAGUACAUUUGGAACCACUGAAGCUGAAAUCGAAUUAAAUUAUAGAAAUUGGUUGCUAGAAAGGCGGUUACAGCAAGCUAAUGAAAUGAAAGAUUUUCUAAUACUAGAGCAAGAAGUAUCGAUAUAG